AUGUUUGCCGAAGGUCUUGAAGAUUUAGAGUGUACUAAUGUCACUAUAUAUGUCAUUAGUACAGAUGAUACUGUUCUGAUUAAACAAGGAUAUUAUAAAGCUGCCUAUGAAGAGAAUAAAUUCAUUAGAAAGAAAAUAAUUAA